AUGUAUUUGAAAGAAGGAUGUUCUUUAUUGUUAAAAAAGCAAAAACCUUUAGUUCCUUUUGUACUAAACACAAAAAACCCAUUUCAAAAUGAACAAAAAGGUCAAAAUUUUCUCAAAGAAUGUGAUGUGUUAAACAAGUUAAAGAAUGAACCCAAUAUUCUAUUAGCUUUAGAUUACUUCAAGUCAAUAGCCAAUUCGAAUUCCUUCAAACACACCCCAUUAACAUACUCAACCAUGAUCAAAAGACUUGGUUAUGAGCGCGAUAUAGAUGGUAUUCAAUACCUUUUGCAGCAAAUGAAGUUGGAGGGAAUUAGUUGUAGUGAAGAUUUGUUUGUUGUUGUGAUUAAUGCUUAUCGGCGAGUGGGGUUGGCUGAACAAGCAUUGAAAACUUUUUAUAGGAUUGGCGAAUUUGGUUGCAAACCGACUGUUAAGAUUUAUAAUCAUGUUUUAGAUGCCUUGCUUAGCGAAAAUAAGUUUCGAAUGAUUAAUGGGAUAUAUAAUAAUAUGAAGAGAGAUGGGAUUGAACUGAAUGUUUAUACUUAUAACAUGCUUUUGAAGGCAUUGUGUAAGAACAAUAGGGUGGAUGCAGCCAGGAAAUUACUAGUGGAAAUGUCAUAUAAAGGGUGCAUUCCUGAUGCAGUUAGUUAUGCGACUGUGGUAUCUUCUAUGUGUAGGCUUGGAAAAGUGGAGGAGGCUAGGGAGCUUUCGAUGCGGAUUAAAUCAUUUGUGCCUGUUUAUAAUGCUUUGAUUAAUGGGUUUUGUAGAGAGCGUAAAAUGGAAGAGGUGUUUGAGUUAUUAAAUGAAAUGGUUGUUGAGGGGAUUGAUCCUAACGUUAUUACUUACUCUACGGUUAUUAAUACACUUUCAGAGAUGGGAAAUGUUGAAUUGGCUCUUGCUGUGCUGGCAAAGAUGUUUGUCAGAGGUUGUAGUCCUAACGUUCACACUUUUACUUCCUUAGUAAAAGGAUAUUUCAUGGGAGGCAGAUUGUGUGAAGCACUGGAUUUAUGGAAUCAAAUGAUUCAAGAAGGCUUAGAGCCCAACACUGUUGCAUAUAACACUCUGAUACAUGGUCUCUGCAGCUAUGGGAAAAUGGUAGAAGCUGUAUCUGUUUCUCAAAAAAUGGAGAGAAAUGGGGUCUUCCCAAAUGAGACCACAUAUAGUACUCUCAUUGAUGGCUUUGCAAAGGCUAGUAACUUGGUUGGUGCAUCUGAGAUAUGGAACAAGAUGAUAACCAAUGGUUGCCUUCCUAAUGUUGUGGUGUAUACUUGUAUGGUGGAUGUACUCUGCAGGAAUUCUAUGUUCAACCACGCUCAUCAUCUUAUAGAGAAUAUGGUCAAUGAAAAUUGUCCUCCAAAUACAAUUACAUGCAAUACAUUUAUCAAAGGUUUAUGUUGCAGUGGAAAAGUAGAGUGGGCAAUGACAGUGCUCGAUCAAAUGGGGCAAUAUGGGUGUUCACCUAAUGUCACAACAUAUAACGAACUGUUGGAUGGUCUUUUCAAUGCAAACAGAAUCAGAGAAGCUCUUCAGAUAGUUGGAAAGAUGGAAGAAAUGGAAAUCAAGUCAAAUUUAGUGACUUAUAACACAAUUUUGUCUGGAUUUUGUCGUGCUGGAAUGUUUAAAGAUGCCUUGCAGCUUAUUGGGAAAAUGCUGGUGGGAGGUACCAAGCCUGAUGCCAUCACAUACAACACAGUAAUUUAUGCAUACUGUAAGCAAGGCGAGGUAAAGACUGCCAUCCAGCUUGUAGAGAGAUUAAGUAACAGAGGAGAGGGGUAUCCAGACAUAUUUACAUACACUAGUCUUUUGUGGGGUGUCUGUAAUUGGAUUGGGGUAGAUGAAGCCAUCGUUUAUCUUGAUAAGAUGAUAAAUGAAGGCAUUUGCCCCAAUAGUGCCACAUGGAAUGCAUUAGUUCGUGGCUUGUUUAAUAAAUUGGGUCAUCUGGGGCCGAUUCACAUUGUGGAUGACAUCCUGGCUAAUGGUUAA